AUGGCUGCACCCAGCACCACCAACCAUGCCUCACACGGCCAACAUCUUCUUUUCCGAACCAACCGGCUGUCGGCUGCGACUCCUCUCACCUACUGUCCCAAUGACUCCUUACUUUACGAUGUCUACAGAUGCAUUGUCUGCGACUACUACAUACACAUAAGCUGCGCAAUGCUUCCCAAAAGGAUUGUAUUCCAUGAAUACCACCAGCAUCCUCUUCAUUUGCUCUUCACUGCUACUACUACUCGUGAGUACUUCUGCGAGAAAGACAUAGACCUCAAGUAUUGGAUGUAUGGGUGUGCUGAGUGCAAGCAAUGGUUUCACAUAAACUGCAUUCCAUCACUUGGGUAUCUAUCCAAAGUCAAGUUUGGAGGAACAAUCAGUAUUCCUGACUGUCACAUUCAUGAUCUCAUUCUUACUCGGAUGCUUACUCUGCCAUCUCAGAGGUGCGGCCAUUGCAAACAAACCAUCCAAGGCUUGCAAGAUGAGAUGGCCUUGUUUUGCUCUCACUGUCAUUUUUGGCUUCACUUUUCCUGUGCCAGGAAUUCCCUUGCUCUUUAA